UCUAGAUACUGGAUAAUGUGACUGGGAAAACUCAUUGUUUUGAGCAUGAUGUAGAUGAGGGUUACUGAUUGAUGGAUGGUGGUAUGCUGGGGGUCCAGCCCAAAGAAUCUUUGCUCUGUUAAAAUUUGGCCCCAGGUUAACUCCUAUUCUCCUACCCUACCGUGUCAAAAACCACAUAAACAAGUCUAUCUGAGAUUCUUUCAUAACUCAAAAUAUUUUAAGGAAAGCAUGUGAUGAUUUAGGCCUGCAGUUUGCACAGUGCUAAGCUAGAAACAUACAGCCCUGAAAAAAAAAUUAGAUAAACACUGAGGCCAUACAUCCUCAGCAAGAUGCUGUAUGUAUUGUGACUCUCACACUCCUCUAAUCCCUCCUUUCUUUGUCCUUUUACAUUGUUCUUUGUUCCUGGAUCAGGAAGUGAUAUGGGGUGUGUGAGUGUGAUCGAGCCGGUAGUUGGCCUGCAUGCCUUCGCCAUGUUCAUGACCUACCCACUGCUACAGCAGUACGUCUACAGGAGACUGUGGCAGCAGCUGAGUGGCUAUGCUUACCCAUCCAGUGUAAACCAAUCCCACUGCUCAAACAACUACAGCAACCUCAGCAUUCAGCAGGCUGUGCAGACGGAGACGUCACGCUUCCUCCUACAGAGCGAGCUGAUUUUCCUCCUCCCCAGCCUGUUCUCUUCACUGUUGCUGGUGUCGUACAGUGACUAUAGGGGGCGGAAGGUGGCCAUGGUGCCCCCCCUUGUGGGCGAUUUUCUCUUCACUUUAAGCUAUUUUAUAGUGAGCUGGUUCUCACUUAGCUUGGGCUACCUGUUGGCUGCUGCCUUCUUGGCCGGUCUGCUGGGGGGUCCCAACACCCUCCUAGGAGGCUGCUUUUCCUAUGUGGCUGACUGCUGCCAGGAACAGCCAGCUGGAAAAAAGACUGUCCAAAUGGCCCGUCUGGAUGCAGUCCUGGGUGUCCUGUCUGGCGUAGGCUCCCUCUGCACUGGCUUCUUCAUCAGAGCCGCAGGCUUCAGCUGGCCCUUCCUUACUGCAUCUAUACUACAUCUUCUUAACCUGUUUUAUGUGCUAGGGGUCCUGAAAGAGCCUCUUGGGCAAAACCUGCCCCCCAGCCCUUCCAGUCCUGGUCCAGCUGCUGAGCCACCUCGUCUGUCCCAAGCUCACUUUGUGGCUGGCCGUCUGCAGGGCGUCUACCUGCUGUUUGCAGCUUCCACACGGAGACGGAAUACUGUGCUGCUGCUCCUCCUUAGUGCUUUCAUCUUCUACAAGGUGGCCAAACUGGGAGGCAUGUCCAUCUUUAUCCUAUAUGAGCUGAACGCUCCACUGUGUUGGAAUGAGCUGCUCGUUGGCUAUGGAUCUGCCCUUUCAACUCUGAUCUAUCUGAGCAGUUUUGCUGGCGUGGCUCUGCUCUCACGAUGGCUGCCUGAUGGUUACAUUGCGUUGCUGGGGCUGCUGUCUAUCGCUGUUGGCCUCUGUAUGGCUGCUUUCGCCAAGACCACACCACUUAUGUUCCUGGUGCGGCUGCCUCUGCUCCUGUCCAUCAUGCCUGCUCCUGUGUUGCGCUCUAUGAUGUCUAAACUGGUGCCCAGCUCUGAGCAGGGUGCUGUAUUUGCUUGUGUGGCCUUUGUGGAAAUGCUGAGUAUGGGCCUGGCGUUCCCAGUGUUCAGCAGCACUUAUGCUGCUACCAUCUCAUGGUUCUCAGGGUUCAGUUUCCUCUUAGCUGCCGGCCUUACUCUGAUACCGGCCACUCUAAUUGGUGCUGUGCUGAAGCUGAAAAUGGACAGGGAGGAGUGCAGCAGAUUGACCACUGAAGACGAUACUGAGGGCAGCACAAGCUCUGAAAUCCUUCAGCUCCCGCAGUGGCAUGACUGCUGAGAGACACUCUGUACUGCAUACAGUGAGAUAGCAGUGCCAUUCUGUUAUACUAAGGCAUGCAAUGGGUUUUUAAGCCUUUGAUUUUGUGACUGUGAAAAACGGGUAUGUUUCAUUGUGGCAUGAAACAAAAAGUACUUGGAAGUGUCACUGACUUUUUAAAGCACAACAAAAACAGAGUCAUAUACACUUACAAAUACAUCAGCAUUGAGAAAGAAUCAGAUUUGAUCCAUGUUUUAAAGUGAUAUUUCAUGUAUUUUUGUACUCCUGGAGAGCAGAAUGUUUAGGCGAUGCUGGGUUACUGUGCUGAAAUGCCUGCAUUUACUGCUUUUAUAAUCCUCUACAGAUAAGUGUUAUACUUCUCGAUAAUGCUUAUCCAGGUGGAUCUGGUUCUAAAUUUCAUAAAUGUUUGUGUAAGAGUAUUGCCAUCUGUACAUAUGUUUGUGCAAAAUAUUGAAUGUCAGCAUCAGAUGGCUCAUGUCCUAGUUUUUUGUUUAUUUUUUACAUGCUGUCCCCUUGUGACAAUUUUUAUUUUAUGUAGUAGCCAUAAUUAUUUCCCAACCUGAAUUAAACAGGCAGUGUUUGUGACUGUGUCUUUAAGACUGAUAUGUGUAAAUGACCUCUGUUCUG